ACGACAUCCGCUACAUAGAAACCCGGAAACGUGUUCAGGUUCACAAACUCACAAUUUAUAAAGUACUUUUUCGUUCAUUAUGUGAAAUGUAUAGUACUUAUAUCGGGACAUCAUGAUCAUCGGUUGCUGCUUCAUCUUUGUGAUUGCUCUGCUGAUAAACAAAGCAUCCCUGGAUGUCACAGUAGUAGGAUUUACUGGCAGAUCCAUUGUCCUGCCGUGUUCUUCAGCUGAACAUGGUCUUAAAAUUCAAGACAUUAGUGUGCUUUGGAGAGACAAAGAUGAUGUGAAAAUUUAUGACUUAAUUGAAGGUAAAGCUUCAGUAGAGAAACAGGGCCCACGGUAUAAGGACAGAGCUGAAACUUUCCCUGAUGAGUAUGAGAGAGGAAACUGCUCCAUCAAACUCAUCAAUCUUACUCACGCCGAUGAAGGAGACUUCAGCUACUUCAUCACACGAUCAUCUUAUUCUAAACAGGAGAUUGUCCGGCUGUUCGUUAACGAAUCAACAGUAGAAACUGGAAACCCAUCCACUGAAGAAGAAAACGAAGUACCACACAAGAGAGCAAUAGUGAUCUGUAUUUGCACUAUAUUAUUUAUAGUAGUUGUCAUUGCCUGUUUCAUAAUAUGGAGAAGAAAAAGAGUUCACAAAUGUAGGGAAGUUCCUGCUAGUGUCAGCUAUAUCUGAACAGCCCUUUUUUUUCGGCACACGCUAACAAAGGAGUGUUCAAAAGUGGUAGUGACACGUCAUGCUUAAUCACAUUCUGUUGCGGAUUCUAUCUCCUGUCAUACUCUUAUUGACAAAAAAAAAAAUUGCUCUGCAUGUUCUUUCUGUAUAACAGAAAUGAGAUCUUGAAAUACUGAAACAUUGUCAAUAUGUUGCUGCCUUAACAAUUCCACAACUGUUUGCUUGAUUAAAAAGUAUUUUGUAUUA